CCUCCAUCCCUCGAUCCUCAGACUGCCCGCACAAGCCAGCCGCCGAGCUGCACCCAUCACAAGCAGGAAGCAGCCGCACAUCUCUCUCUCUUGCGCUGCUGUCUCGCUGCCGCUGCUCGUCUUGCUGCUGGCCGGCAUCUGCCCUUUCAUUGCCGACCUCCACGUAGCCGCGCCGAGCGCACUCGAGGCGGAGCUUGAGGCACAGCAUGUCGCUGCGCUGGAGGGUGCGGCGAUGCCGGAUGGGCAGAAGGCGGACAUGCCAGAGUACCCCGAGAUCGAUGCCUCGUACCUCGACCAGCAGUUCCAAGACGUCUAUACUGGCGAAGCCGCCGGCGAGAGCGAGUCAUACCCGCCUGAGAUCGAGGCAGAUGGGCAGGCAGCGCUCGCCGACGCCGGUCACGAGGCAUCUCAAGCGGAGACCAGCGACAGCGCAUUUGACGAGCAGGUAGCGGCAGAGAUCAGCGAGAUGUACGCAGCAGUCACCGGCGACGGCGGCGAGCUCGGAGAGCACAAUGCUUUUCUGUCGCAGCCCUCCGAGGCCGAGCAGCUGGCGGCUGUGGCCAUGCUGGCCGGCGCCGGCGCAGACCUGGCCGCGCUAGGUCUGCCGACAGGCGACGCAUCGUUCGAACAGGCGCAAGAGGGUGGCGAAGCGCCGCAUCAGCUGUCCACCGAGUAUGCAGAGGCGUCCCAGAUGGAUGCCGAGCAGCAGGCGUCCGAGUCGCUUCCUGCAGAGCAGCAGGAAGGCGAGGCGCCGGCAUGGGUCGAGGCAGAUGAGACUGCGGAGCCGGCGCAGCCUGCACGGCAAUGGUCCGCUGCAGCCGGAUGGGCAGGCAACCAGCAGCACCAGACCCACACUCAGCAUGCUGCGGUGGACCGCGUGUCGAUGCAGGACUAUGACUACUCCGCGCUCGCGAGCCUGGCGCAGUCCGCAGCCGACCUGCGCGACGCAUACAGCCCAUACAGCGACCCUACGACGGCCGCAGCAAUGGGUCUGCUGCAGCAGGCCGGCGUGCACCAUGUGCCACCGCACGAGCACGCUGCUGCGCAGGCGGCCGCCGCCUCGGGCAGUAGCUCGGCCGGCUCGACGCAACAUGCAUCAGCAUCGGGCCCGCAGCGGCGCACCAAGUUCCGGCGCUCGCGCAACGGCUGUCUCGUGUGCCGCAAGCGCAAGGUCAAGUGCAGCCAGGACGGCCAGCCGUGCAAGCAGUGCGCCAUCGGCAAGCGCGACUGCCAAUACGAGGAGCAUCCGCCGAAGCGCAAGCGCCGCACGCGCACCGAGGCCGAGAUGCAGAGCGCUGCUCAGGCAGCGGCCGCAGAACACAUGGCGCUGCACCAGCUGCAGCAGGAGCAGAGCUCGGGCAGCGGGCUGCAUGAUGCACACAUCGACCCACAGACCGGCCUGCCCUAUCCGUCGUACUCGCCGGACACGUCCGAAGCGGCCACGUGGGCGCACGACUACAACGACUCGGAGGAGUGGCCGCUCGCGGGCGACGAGGAUGCAACAGACGGCCUCGCGGCCCAGGCGAUGGAUGCUUCGGCAGACGGGCACGCUGUGCCCGCUGGCGAAGGCGACGCCGAGGCACAGGCGUCGGUCGAGGCAUGGUACCGGGAGCACGCAGACCUGGCGCCGGAUCCCGGCGGCUAUGCGGGCGACUAUGCUGCUGUCGAGCAAGCGAACGCUCCUGCCGCUGCGCACGACGACGGCGGCACAGCGGAUCAGAGCAUGCUCGACGGCCCGCAAGAGGCGCCAGACACCGGCCAGGCGUAUCCAUCAUCAGAUGCUGCGCACGGCAUCGCGCAGGAGCACGCCUCGAUGUCGCAGGAAGCAGACUACGCGGCGGAGGCACAGUACGACGCUGUGCCUCACGCACCAGUGCCGGAUGCGCAGCCCGAGGAGCAUGCCUCCGGUCAGCCGCAGUCAGGCGAGGACGAGGCCUUGCUGCCGGCCGACCCUGCGGAGCAGCCUCCGCACGGCGAGCCAGCGUACGACGAGCCCGCGCACGGCUUCACUACGGGCACAGUGGACAGCGCGGGGCCACAGCACGCAGACGACGACACGACGGCAGACAUGGCGAGCAGCGAGCAGCAGCUCAACAUCAGCGAUGAGCCUGGCGCCUCUGCUGCGCCGCACAUGGACGUCUUCUCGCACUACCGCGCGCUGCCGCUCGACGGCGCCGCAUGACUUAUGGUCCAGCUCGCAUUAAUACCAUCUUUCACUCUCUCACGC